AUGCCUGCUAGUCCAGUCUAUGGACUGAAGAGCGAGAGUUUUGAAAAAAAAAACAAGGCGCAGAAAUGCCUGCUAGACCAGAAAAUUAUGCUGAAAAGUAUGAAUCUGGAAGAGGUUAAACGUUUCCAUCUGCUUCCGUUUAACAAUGGAGUUACUACGCAAGACUUGCGACGUGAAUGGGAGGAGUGGUACAGGGCGUUCGAGUUGAUGUUAGAACUGAAUAAUGUCGAGACUCAGUGGGAAAAGAGAUUGCUUUUGUUGAAUUGUGGGGGAAGAAAUCUCCAACGUAUUUUUUGUAACUUGCGUCCUACUUCGGAUGAAAUUUACCCUGAAGUGGUGAAACCACCAUUAGCGCCAGCUGAAGUUCCGGAGUACGACAAUGCUAUAAAAAGGUUAAACAAAUUCUUCAUUGGAAAGAGAAAUGAGCGCAUUGAGUUGGAAGUGUUUCGUUCAUUGAAGCAAGGCAGCGAUGAAUCGUUCAACGAGUUUAUCUUAAAACUUCGUGCUCAGGCAUCGCGAUGUGAGUUAUUCGAUCGUGAAGAAAAGGAGCUACUACAACAGGUAACUAUGGGAGCUCGCGACGAGCGUGUACGGGAUAAAGGUCUUGAAGACGUUAUGGGACUUGAUGAGCUCACCAAUUACGCGAUCAACAGAGAAAUUUUGCUUAAACAAAAGGCCAAGAUCAAACCAUUCAACGAGGACCUUCCACCUUCUGCAAUUGCAGUAGUUAACGAAAAUAGACCGCGACAGACAAAGUCAUUCACCCCAUAUGGUACACAAGCAUCUACUGGCUAUUCAAGAAGACGGCAGUUUGCAUCGAAUCAGCGCAAUCGGGAAUGUAACCGAUGUGGUGCGAAUAAUCAUAGAAACGAGGGUGAUUGUUAUGCACGAAACGCUCGGUGCAAUGCGUGUGGACGUGUCGGACACUUCGCAAGAAAAUGUAGGAACAGACAACCCUAUCAAAAUAGCAAUCGUUUCGAGCGGGUCGGUCCGCAAAGGGAGUCUAAUAAUUCUCUUCAGGAGUCACAUACCUGGAAGGAAGAAUUACCAUGUCGACCGAAGUCGGAUAUCAUUGCUGAGGUUACAAUACACCCUCGAAAUGAUGGAAUGAUUACUUGCAUGAUCCAAGACUUCCCAGUCGUCUUUUUAAUCGAUUCUGGGUCUGCUAUUAAUACGAUCACUGAAAGUGUGUGGAACGAGCUCACAAUGAAUAAAACGACCGUUUGUAAGAAGAAGUUUCCUUGUAAUCGCCAGUUUACUGCGUAUGCUAGUUCUAACCCAUUGAAUGUUAUUGUAUUUUUUGAAGCGUGGAUUUCGGUUAACGAGGCGAAGCCAAAAUGUUUUACAGAGUUUUUUGUCAUAGAAGGAGCUACUAAGUCUUUAUUGAGCAAAACGACCGCAGAACAGCUAAAAAUAUUGAAAGUGGGUUCUGCAGUUCAAAAUAUAGAAGUCAAUGAACCGUUUCCAAAAUUUCCAAAUGUGUCAGUGAAGUUGUCCAUAGACAACUCGGUAACACCAAGGAAACUUGCGUAUUUGAGAGUACCCGAAUCAAUGAAGGAAAAAGUUGACAAGAAGAUUUGUGAACUACUACGCACCGAUAUAAUCGAACGAGCUAUUGGUCCUCCAAUAUGGAUAUCUCCAAUGGUAGUAAUUCCGAAGGGAAAGGAUGAUAUUAGGCUGUGUAUAAAUAUGAAAUGUCCCAACAAAGCAAUCCAAAGAGAGCAUUUCCCACUUCCCGUUAUUGAAACUUUCCUGAACAAGCUAAGAGGCGCAAUCUAUUUUUCAAGAUUGGAUAUCGAAUCAGCAUUUCACCAUGUGGAGUUGCAUCCCGAUUCAAGGGGCAUCACUACAUUCAUGACUGACAGAGGACUAAUGCGUUUCAAGAGGCUGAUGUUUGGCAUAAACUGCGCUCCAGAAAUAUUUCAAAGAAUUAUGACUGAAAUGUUGCUGGGUAUAGAUGGUGUCAUUGUCUACAUAGACGAUAUAGUCGUCACCGGCCAAACGCAAGAGCAGCACGAUCACAGACUAGAGAAAGUGUUAGCCAUCCUAAGAAAGAACAAUGCGAAAUUGAACCGAAGUAAAUGUAUAAUAGCGGUGAGAGAGCUAGACAUCCUAGGAUUCAGGGUCAGUUCGGCUGGAAUAUGUCCAUCAGAAGAAAAAAUAUCCGCAAUUAAACGCUUCCGUAAACCAGAGACUAAAGAGCAAGUGAGAAGCUUCUUGGGGUUAGUUAAUUUUGUAGGCCACUUCAUCCCUGACCUCUCCACUAGAACAGAACCGUUGCGCCAGUUCGUCCGCGGUGCUGUACCGAUAUUUGGAAAAGAUCAGGAAGAUGCAUUCAACGAUCUACGAGAAGAGUUAGCUGACAAUGUGCGUAAGCUAGGAUUCUUUGAUCCACAUGAUCCCACUGAGCUGUAUGUAGAUGCUUCAUCGGUUGGUUUAGGUGCCGUACUUGUACAAAGAAAUAACGCUGGCCUUCCUAGAGUAAUCAGUUUCGCAUCCAAAUGUUUAACUGGCUCAGAAAAGGUUUAUCCGCAGACUCAGAUGGAAGCGUUAGCUGUGGUUUGGGCGCCUAGUAAAGCUUUUGAUGAUAACGCCGAACAUUACUUAUGCGCAGUCGGCGAUGGACCAUCGGCUAUCACUCUAGAUGAAAUUCGGUAUGAAACUUUACAAGACACAGCACUCAAAGGGGUCAAAGAAGCAAUUGAGACUGGAAUAUGGAAGGACGAAUUAAUUCAUUACCAAGCGUUCAGUGAAGAAUUAGGAAUCGUUAGCGGUAUUAUCGUUCGUGAAGACAGAAUUGUUCUGCCUUUAGCCCUGCGGUCUAGGGCACUCAACAUUGCGCAUCGAGGUCAUCCGGGAAUAGUUAGUAUGAAAAGGUCCCUCCGAGAAAAGGUAUGGUGGCCUUACAUGGAUCGAGAUGUGGUAGAAAAGAUACAAGAGUGUGCCGGUUGCGCUGCAGUGAGAUCAGAAGGACCCCCGGAACCAUUGCAGCGAAAAGAAAUUCCUGAAAGGGCAUGGCAGGAGAUCGCAAUUGAUUUUUUUCCGCAAAGGAAUGCGCAACAUUUCUAA